GGAGAAACUGCACAUGGCGGCCGGACUGUUAUGGUGGAAUAUUCACUUAACUGCAAGAGGAAUUGCUGAUUUCGCUUUUUGAGAAAAAUCUAGUCCACAGAAUGCCUAAACGUAGCUCUGAUAAGGUUGUUCAAGAAGAGAAGUCUCCCUUAGAGGCAGGUUUUAGUUCAUAACAUUUAUGAAGUAGAAAGGUUAUAGGUCGUCUUCACUAUAAGCUUAACUCUUUUGACGUCCUCUUUGAUCGUUUUUGGUCUAUAUGGACCCGUGCACAUUAUUCUUCCUGGACCCAUUAAGCUUUCCAUUUAAGCUAUUAAGAUGGUAAUUAGCAAAAUCAGCGAGAAUAGAUCUUUUUGAUUGGUAGCGCAUUUAGCAAAUUUUAACCAAUCCUGACAGAGUUUACAGACAAAAAAAAAAACAAGCAACAUCUGGGGGAAAAAUCCAGUGGCGGAUCCAGGGGAGCUCCCCAGGGGGCCCUUAUUUUUAGACCAAAUUAACUGAGGUCCAAAGGGUCCAAAAAAGUUUUUUUGAGACUGCCCCCCCACCCCCAUCUGAAGGUCAGGUCUGGAUCUGCCACUGCCCCACCACUAAAAAUUCUAUUUAUCUACUACUCUUUGCAGAUUAAAUCUGUAAGUGGGUAACAAAACUGGCUAUAAAAAGAUAGGCAAAGAGAAAAAGAAGAGAGCAAGAAAACCAAUUGAAAUAGUAAAAACAAAAACAAAAAAAAACAAGUCCAAAUUUUGGCUUAUACGCAUGCAUGAAAUACAAAAAAGGUGCUUAAUUACAUCCAAUUAGCAGGAAUUUUUGUCCUUCUUAGUGAUAGAAAUCUCUUUUUCAGCCAUUCCUGUGCUAACUAGCCAAUACACGGUUCAAAAAAGAGGAUUUGGUCCAAAGUGCAGUUUUUUUUCCCUAAAAAUUGCCUGAUGCCAAAGGGUUAAGCUUAUAGUGUCAGCUGUAUUGCUGUAUAUAGGUAUAAACAUGCAGUGACCUCAGAUUUGCAACUAUGUUUCCAUUGCAGGUUGAUGAGAAUCUAUUUUACUUUGACAAAAAUCAUCACGACAGCAAAGAAGAUGCAGAUUCAUCUGACAGUGAGGAGAGUGAAUUUUCUGGACUGGAGAGUGAGCCAGAAACUUCUGAAGAUGAUGAGCUGGAUGAGCAAGAAUCAGUAUGUUUGUCAGUCUUUGACCUGACUUUCUAAUUUUAAAAUUACUCUACCAGAAUGAACAUUACUGAAUUGCCAGGAAUUACCAGUCAUAAGUAUCAUGUAAUACAAGACUCAUGAGUCGAGCAAGAUAACAAACAAAAUGACAGCAGUAAACUGACAGAAAAUUUGAUUAAUGAUAAACUGGCCUGUAUUAUAAUGACAGAGACAGAUUACAAUCAACAGUUUGAACUACACAGUGUAGUCUGAACAGCAAGCAACAUCUUAGCCCAUGUGUAACUGUACCAUCCCCCCCUUCCCUAUAGGGCGAAAGUGGAGGGUAUGGAACAUGUAGGCUAACAGCAUCAUAGCUUAACUCAGUAAGUGAGAGGUGGGGAAAAACAGAAAAAUUAUAGCAUGUUCCUUUUAGUUUAUUUUUUUGUAAGCUGAAUAUUUCUCUGUUCAGGACGAAGAGGAAGAAAGUGGCAGUGAGUCCCCAAGUGAAAGUGGAGAGGAACGAGGAGAUCAGAAUGAAGAGACUGGUGAAGACAACAUGGAAAAGAAUAACAAUCAAGGAGAGAAAUUUGCUAAGAAAUCAGCCAUGAACUUGGAAGAAGACAAUACAUCUGAUGAAGAGGUAUAACAUGUAGUUGUAGAUAUUAUUAUUAUUACCUUAUUCAGGAAAUAGGAAUGAAAUAAGAAGUAAUUAUCUUUGUUUAUAGAUGGCUAUUUAAAUUUCUCAUGCCAACUACUUUUAUAACAGGAUGCUCGGAACACAAUAGGAAACAUCCCUGUGGAAUGGUAUAACGAGUACCCACAUAUAGGAUAUGACUUAGAUGGAAAAAGAAUUCUAAAACCAGCUACUGCAGAUGAGGUGGGUAGCAUUAUCAGUGUCUUGUAUAGUAGUCAUUUAAUUAAAAGGACUUCCAUCAUACAGUUGCUUGUAGAAGGUAGUAAGGGACUCUAAGGGCAAGAAAAUUAAUGUUGGCAUGGAAAAAGGAUAAAUUCCACAAACUUAUUUAGUGACGCCUUAAAGACCACAUAAAUCAAAGAAUGCCUCGUUCAUUUUGCAACCUGCAACUUCUUCUUUGUGGAGUUGACUUUUUCAAAAGGUAAUGACAGUGUUGUUUGCAACAAAAUUCUCCUGUUAAAAAUGCUGAAUAAUCAACUAAUUUAACAGGUGUCUCUUACUAGCAUUUUAGUGCAGACUUAGUUAAUGCAUUUUGCUACAGUGUGCCGUUGAGAACUCUCUGACAGUAUAAUUUAUUGAGAGGUUAGACAUAAUUUUUUUUUUCAGCUGGAUGAAUUUUUAUCCAAAAUGGAUGAUCCCAAUUACUGGUAAGAUCAUAAUGAAAAAUUAGUGUUUUCAGUGUGUUAACAAAUUGCACAGCUGAUUGCCCAAGAAGCAUUAUUUUGUUUGUGAACUGCAUUUUGCAAGACAAAGCUGAGAAAUAUUAUGUACAUUCAUGUGAAGAAUGCAUCUUUUGCAAUUUAUACAUGUAUUAAUUUUUAUGAGAGAUAUAUGACGGUAGAAGUUUUUUAAAAGAUGUUUGGUAAUUAAUUUGCUUUAACAGGAGGACAGUGCGAGACAAGGCAACCAUGAAAGAAGUUGUUCUGUCCAAUGAGGAGCUGGAUAUAAUCAACAGACUUCAAGGUUCCCAGUUCCCCAAUGCAGGAUAUGAUCCAUAUGAGGUAAAGCUUUACCAAAAAAGUUAUUUAGCGAGGUAACUAAAGUUACGAGAUUCUUCAUUCUUGGGGCCUUUACUGUCAUUCCAUCUUCAAUGAUGAGAGGACCAGUUUUACUAAAUUUUAAACAAAAUAAUGAACUUGGAAAACAUUUCAGAAUGUUCCAAAAGAAUGCUUCUCCUGGUGAUCAACAUUUGGUUAACUAAUUUCACAUACCACCCACAGCUGAAAGUCUCAAUGCGAAAAUUUAUGAUACAAAGUUGACUUCAUAAAUAGACUCUGCAGACUUUCAUUACAUCUCAGACAACAAGGCUUUGAAACCAAUCUUCUUCAGAAAUCAUGUAAUAAAUUCUUCAAUCACCAUGGUCUUAUCGUCGAGAAGUAUGGUGCAGCCCUGCGGGAGAUGUGAUUAGCAAUCUAGGCUUGAAUUGCACCAUGGUAUCCUUACAUCCCUUAUUUAAUUGUUACUUAUAGAUUUGUAUUUCAGUUGUAUCUUGGUACUUAUGCGUGCACAGUUUUAUUUUGUGAGUGUGCAUUAUUUAUUUAUUUAAUUGACAGCUGCAUUUAGUUUGUUAAAUAAUGUCGUAAUUUUACUUUGCGUUAUUUUCCUCACUUAUAUGUGUUGUCCGUGACUGUGCUCACAUUGUGGGUGGCCCCUCCUAAAAUGUUCUGCAAUUGGAAAAGGAUUUAAUGGAGCCAAAACCAAUUGUGGAAUUGCAUGCAUUCUAGGCAUCCUACUGAGGAACAGUUAGGACACUAUAGAUAUACUUUUUAGCAGCUAUUAUAAUUUGCAGUCUGUCCACUUUGAAUACAUGUAUGUGUGUGUGUGUGAACUGUUAUUGAUUUAUGAAAUGCACUCCCUGUUUAUUUUACAAGGAUUAACACAUAGACUGUCAUGUCUAUCAAGUUUUACUCAUGUUUAAAUAGAUUAGGUUAAAUUAAUGGCAUUCUGCAUGUUAUUAUACAUGGUAGGUAAACUGACAGAUCCCCGUACUUUAUUUUCUUUCACAAUCAGCCCUAUGUGGAUUUCUUUACUGGUGAAAAGAUGUUACAUCCCUUGAGUGAUGCACCUGAGCCAAAGUCUCGGCACAUUCCAUCUAAAUGGGAGCACAAGAGGGUAAGCAAAUCAUUUAUUUUAUACAUCACUCUUGACAGUAAUGAAACAAGGACGUGAGGUUCACAACGUUACCAUUGGUAAUGUGUUUAGGUCACUGGUCAAAUUUGGUUAUUGGUGAAAAUGUUUUGAUCUAGGUUGUUUCUAAAUUUCCUUAAUUUGUCUUUUGGAGUGUAGAGACAGGAAGCUGAGAAAUUAGGUUGAAUGAAAAUUAGUCUGAUAUCAACUAUUUGACUAGUUAUUUUUACAAAAGGAGAGUGUAUCCUAAUCUCAUUAUUCUGUGAAUUUGAUGUUGCUGAAGAAAUAAAGAUAUUUUGAGGGAGUGCUAUCUGCUCCACUUUUCUUGUUGUUUUUUUCCAGCUAUUUUUUUUGGUGGGAAAACUGAGAGAAACUGGUAACUACCCUGGCCUCUUGUUUUUUUUUUUAUUAAAAUUAAUGCACCCCCUAAACUUCUGUAAUUUCUAAUAAAUAUUAUUUUUGCAAUAAUAAUGACUGAAGACCUUGGUGGCUGCAUGAUUGUGGUUUAGUAAAGAUUUACAGUACGUUAAAUUUUGACAUAAUUCUUUUUUAACUUAUAUUAAAGCUUUAAAAAGAAUAAAGUUCAAUGGUUAUGUUCUUAUCACAUAGGUCAUGAAGAUUGUCAGAGCCAUCAGAAAUGGCUGGAUAAAACCAAAGAAAGAUGACAAGGCUGACAAGCCAAGAUAUUACCUGAUCUGGGAUAAAGAAGAUGACCAGGUUUGUGGCUUCCAGUAAAGCCAGGAAUCAAAACGAAAUUGUCUCUGAUUGUCCAGGAUGAGUAGAUUAUCUUGCUUGCAACCUGGGCUUGUAUUCCUUUUCAAGCUCACUUGCUCAGUGAGUAGGGAGCCAUGCAAGUCAUCUUUUAAUUAAGUUAUUAGCUAAGGCCCUGGGUAAGGAAAUGUGAGAACUACCUUUUUAACCCUUUAAACUCAUCAAAUUUGUUGUUCUGGAAAAAUUUUGUACCCCAUCCCCCUUCUCUCUCCACAGAGGGUUUAUCGGUGUGAAUAUCCAUCCACCCCUCUGCAAAAUCUAAUGUAGGUCCUCUUUUUCUCUAAAUGAUUUUGGUCAUUUACAGCACCCCUCCUUAUUGAAAUUUCUACGGACCCUCUGGGGGUGGGUUUGGAUAUUUUCUGGAACUGCAGAAUUGUCAGGAAUGUUGUUUCAGUGUAAUGUGCCAGUUACAUGUACUUCAAACUUUGCCAUGCUGUUUGAAAAAAAAUAUGAUAGGAUUAAGUUAACAUAUAGUUUAGACAUAACAAGCAUUCAAACACUAAUAGUGAAAGCCCUGCUAUUUCUUAUCUUGCAGACCAAACCACGACAUAAUAUGCACAUACCAGCACCGAAGAUGAAACUGCCAGGUAUAACUGAAAUGCUUAUCAAGAACAGAACUUGAUCAUUUGAUUGUAAAAACAGUGAUCAAUACAGCAGUCUGAGUUCCAUUUAUUUUACUUUCAAUUAUUGGUCCUUAUAACAUUAAACCUUCUUAACCUGUAUUAUUCAGAAGAAUGAUAAAAUAAUUUAAUUUUUAGGUUAUAAACCAUUUCAAUUCAUUUGAACUUUUUUUUUUAAAGGUCAUGAGGAAUCUUACAACCCUCCCCCAGAAUAUUUGCCAACAGAAGAAGAGGUAAAAAUAAUUGAAGUGCCACCCUGAUUUUAGACAUGAUAAUCAUUAACAGGAUGGUCAAAGAAUUGUUAAAUUUUGAGAUAAAAUUCAAAAAAUUUCUCAAGGUUGUAAACAGAACAAUAGACUAAAAAAGUAUUUUAUUUUAUUAUUUUUAUUGUCUUUGCUCUGCACCAAUAUUAUAUAUUAUUAUUACAAUGUAGGAAACAGUAUCACAACCUUUUGUCCUAUGCCAUAUUUUUUAUUGACUGAGACGUAAUGGACAUUUAAUUAAAGAGCAUUAAAACUAGUGAUUUUUAGAGACCAUCUGAACCUACUCCUAAGUUUGUAGCAUCUUUAUAACUACAUGACUUGUUAUCUUUUAACUCAGAUUGCAGCCUGGGAGGCCAUGGAUCCUGAUGACAGGUCACAGAAUUUCUUACCAAAAAAGUAAGCUUCCUUUAUCUCUACUUUUUAAUCAGAUAUUCUCUUCUCAGUAUGCUGUACUUCUCUUUGCAGAGCAAUUUUCACCAACAUUCUUUCUGAUGAAGUUUUUUUAAUUGAAUUAUAGGUACUCCAGCCUUCGUCUUGUUCCAGCUUAUAACAAGUUUAUACAAGAAAGAUUUGAACGAUGCUUGGACCUUUACCUCUGUCCAAGGCAACGAAAAAUGAGGGUGAGUUUGAUUAAAAAGCACAAAGGAAUUCACCUGCUCCUAGGCUUAUUUUGUAACCAAUUCUCCUCAUUAGAUUACAACACAGUCAGGGACUCAAAAAACCGCAGAGUAAUAAAACUUCAAUGUUAAGUGCCACAAUCACAUUUGCCUUUUUAAAGUGAUGACUUACUGUAGUCUUAAAUGAACAUUAUGAUCAAGCCACCAGAAUACAAUAAAUAUUGUUUUUCUCACCAAUGUACACUACUGUUCUCUUUUCCUUAGGUCCAAGUAAACCCUGAAGAUCUCCUACCUAAACUACCAAGACCAAAGGACUUACAACCAUUCCCCUCAACGGAGUCCAUUGUAAGAGCGUUAACUUAUUAAAGAAAGCUUUUGAAACAGGCAUAAAAUGAAGCAUAGCUAUUGGAAGUAAUAUGAAUUUGCCUUGUAUAUAGGUAUACAAAGGUCACACAGAUGUGGUAAGGUGUGUUGUUGUUGACCCAUCAGGACAGUGGAUAGCAUCAGGUAUGUAGUGAUUCGCAGCUAGGUUUGGGUAAAAAAGUCCUGGGGGGGAGGAACUCCGCAUAUGAAAGGGGUGGGGAUGCUUGUCGUCUCGCUUAGGAUGUAAAUUUCGGAUUUUGGUCUCACUUAGGGUGUUCUGGGCAAAACGCCGUCAUAUUUAGCCGUGAAGGUCUCGUUUUGGGUUGCACGCGAAAAACUAUAAAAAUACAUAUUUGACAUGUAUAUUUUUAAUUCGUUUUUCUUACUCCAUUCAUAUAAUCCAACGUUAACGUAUUUACCAUUACACAGCUCGGGCAAGCAACCUUAAAUAAGUUCACUGUCACUUAAAACAUUGUUUCCAAUUCCUCUACCGCAGGAGGUGACGACAAGUUAGUGAAGUUCUGGGAAGUGUGCACUGGUCGAUGUCUCAAGACUUUGCAAUGUGAUGGAGCUGUACUAAGCAUGGCGUGGAAUCCAAACCCAUCGCUAACUCUUUUGGCUGUUGUUGUGUAAGUACUUUCUUUCAGUUCUUGACGGGAACACGGUAUGAUAGGCGGAAAACUUGUGUCAAGAGAGCAACUUGUCUCGUUAAACUUAACGAAGGAUCAGCUUUUUGUUUAGGAUUUCCGGCCUAGGACUAUCACUUUUAAAAUGAAAACGACCAGAAAAUCAGAUUUAAACAUAUGGAAAUAAAGGCGCAUCAUAUUUUCUUCACCUGCAGGUCCUGGUUGCUCAAAAGGUGGAUAACGCUAUCCGCCGGAUAAACCUCUAUCCCCUGGAUAACGCAGUUGCUGUCCCUAAUACUUAUCUGCUGGAUUGUGAUUUAUCCCGUGGAUAGCUCUAUCCAGCUUUUAAGCAACUGGGGCCUGUUUUCAAGUGACCGACAUUACAGUCCUUAACCCUCCACCUAGGGUGUUGCUUGUUAAAGGAGGAGCUUCCCUGUUAACCAGAAUGAGAUACUGCAAACAAGACAGGGGCUGUUGGAUUAUUUUUUCAGGGCUCUUUGAAUAUGUGGUUAUCAUUUCCCGAUAACCUUUUAGGUCGGUGCAAUUGUAAUGUAUGAAAUUUACCAUGUUGCGCUCAUUAAAAGAAAAUGGGCUCUGAAUUCUGCGUUUAUGUUUUGCAGGGAACAGAGAGCUGUAAUAGUGAAUCAUUUUCUUGGUGACAAACUCUUAUGUGCUACCACAGAUGAGCUCAUUGAAUCAUACGCUUCUCGAGGGGAAGGUAUGGUACAACAACAAAAAAUGCUUGACAUGAUCACCAGCUAUCUGUAGUGUAUUUGUGAAAUGGGUAUUUAGCGAGAACGCUCAGAAAAAUAGUAGCACUUUGCCAACUUUCUCUGCAGUGGAGUAGCUUACAAACUAGGUCAAACGCGGUUGGAAGCAAAAUACCGCAAGAUUAUUCUUUGAGAAGCCAGUCUAAUUCCUGACCGUACUGGCUUUCUGACUAAAAAAAAUCUAAAACUUACCUUUAAAAUAAAAUUAUGUGAUUUUCACUUCAAAGCUGGGUCGAAGGAAUCCGGUGUGGAAUGGUCAGUUGCAAGUGAAGAGAAGUACACGAACGGAUAUCGCCUGGUUAUAAAACACAACAAGGCAAGUAUCAUCGGGGUGGUUUUCAGUUGUGUCUUGUGAUUGCACGCGAGGGGGGAUUGCACGCUUUGCUUUCUGCCUGGCUGAUGAAUUUUGCGCCUCUUUCCCGACCAAUAACAAUUUGUUUGCACACAUUUCUUCCGCUUCCGUCAUAGGCCACGUGCAUUUGUUCCAAAUUCUGAGUGGCUGAGGAAAUUACUUGAGUCAAAAAUUCCCUAUUUGCACAUUGCUAAUAAUAAACCUCGUUUACCCCCUAAAAUUUUGCUUAGCCAUUGUUUUCGCUUUCUCUUGGGACGACUGUAAUGCCCACAAGAAAUUGAAAACAAUGGUUAUGCAAAAUUUUGAGGGUUAAACAAGUUGCAUUAUGGGUAAUGUGAAAAUAGUGAAUGACAAAGACGGAGAAAGAUGUUUCACGAGUCAGUUUCGAAAACAAUUACCCGUUACCUGGCUUUAUGUUUCUUGGGAGGGAUCCGCGCCUCUUUGUUAUCUAACCAGAAGUGAAAACCAAACCGAAUAGCAAGUUGUUUGCACAUAUCGUGUCGGCUUGUAUCGCUACUGCGGUUCACUUUUCUCCGAUUUUGAUUUCUUACUAUUAAAAACUCCCCUUUUUGACAGGUGAUUUCACAGAUAACAUGGCAUGGAAAAGGAGAUUAUUUUGCCUCUGUUACACCCCAAGGUAAAACAUCUUUAUUCUAUAACCUUGUCCAGUGUCCAUCAAUGAAAACGGUAUCAAAUUUGAGCUCAAUAACAGGCAAAGUUCUGUUUCUGAGAUGAUGGAAAAACGUUCUUUGCUAACUAGUUUUUGGCCAGCCAUGUCAAGUAAUAGCUUAGCUUCGUUCAUGUAUAUUUUUUUCGAAUGCCUGUUUUUUUAUGGAUAAUAACAAAUCAAAGCUUCAUUCACGUAUGUUUUUUCUCAUAGGCGGCAACAAAUCCGUGUUUAUCCAUCAAAUGACAAAGCGUCGAAGCCAGGUAUUCUUAAUCCAGCCUUUCUUUUCUCAUGGCGUUUGCAUUUUCUCAACUUUGAUUUCUUUUUUUUUUCACUUACUAGUGUCCUUUCAAGAAAGCCAAAGGUCUCAUUCAACGUGUGUUGUUUCACCCAACCAGACCAUUCCUUUUCGUAGCUGUAAGUAAAGUUCUUCUUACAUAUUCAGCUUAAAGGGGAUAUAAAUCACGUAAUGUUUGUUUUGGCGUAAAAUAAAGGGCGCAGCGAGCGUGAAUACAACCAAAGAUCAUUUUCACGACAACUUUAUUUUACUAAACCUGCCAGAAUUCAUUUCGUUUUUGCUUUCUCAUUUGAUGUUAGUAAACCCCAGCGUACCCUAAUUCAAUCAACAAAUCAAAAUGCGGAGGGGUUCUGGGUAUUGAAUGUUCCGUCACCAUGAAGAUGGCUUAUUUCAAAAGAUAAUACUCCCUUGAGUAUCGUCACGUGAUCAACAAUGGGUCAACAAAACCAGUAAGCCUCGGCCAUUUCUGAUUUGCCCCAAGCCUCUGUUUCAAAACGAGGCUAAUUUCAAAUGAUUUUCUUUUCUCUCGCAAAUAACACAAGAAAGAUUUUUGCACUUCGCCUUGGGUCGAAAGUGAAGGUUUUUGGAACUCCGAAAUGGCCUUUUUCAAAAAUACCAUAAUACUUUUUGUUUUCGCUCCAAAAUUUAGCAUAUUAAGCAUUGUUUCCAAUUUCUCAAGUUCUAGGGGAAAAAAGCGCUCCACUGUCUAUCCCAAAUGGCACCGAAGUUUGUCUCUUUUAUUCACUCGUCUGAUUUGCUUUUGUUUUUUAGACCCAACGUUUUAUCCGAGUUUACAAUCUCACUAAACAAGAACUAACAAAGAAACUCGUUUCAAACGUGAAGUGGAUCUCCAGCAUGGCUGUUCAUCCCAAAGGUAACAAGGGGUCGUGAAAGAUAAAUAAAAAAGUCGCGCUUCUGCCGUACGUGUCGAACUCAACUGUAAUUUGGUUCAACGGAAGGACGACUUCAAUUCAGACGUCGUGCUAGAGUCGAACUGAGACCCUGUUUACAUGGAGUGGGGGACCCCGGUCUAGUGGGGUUGGUUUCUUUUGUUUUCACGCUCUGGCGGACACAAAACAAAAGAAACCUACCCCACUAAACCGGGGUCCCCCACAUGUAAACAGGGUCUGAAUAUGCAAUUUUCACAAUGACGCCACAUUUGACUACAAUGGUGGCUAAUGAUGUAGCGUUUUAGGAUCUCAGCUUAUUACUAACGAUAAAUCUCUGCUGUCAACUUUUUCCAUAGGUGACAACUUGAUCGUAGGAAGUUACGAUCGCCGAUUAUGCUGGUUUGAUAUGGAUUUGUCGACCAAACCCUACAAAACACUGAGGUUAGUACACCAUUAUUCACUGUCAGAACAACCACUUACUGCCUUCGUGAAACUAAGUUAUGGGAAGCGAGAUUUUGCAAAGGCAGAGGGUCAUAAGACAGAGAACGGAGAGGGGGAUACGCGUCGCCGAAGGGGAGGUGGGAGAGUCGAAAAUUAUAACCCGGCUAAGAGCGGCGUUACGUGGCAAAAGAAGACAAGAGGAUUCCCCCGAGAAUUGUAGACGAUUGUCUGUAAUGCCCCGGGGUGCCACGAGGAUAGCAGCAUUACGCUUAGGCAAAAUCUGUGGUUAUUCUAACAGUGAAAAUAGUGAAGGGGAAAUGGACAGGAAAAAAAAAACCUAGUUAGAUCUGGUACAAAAGAAAGAGAAGAGUCUCUUAUUUUCUUUUAGUUGGACCGGGGAGCGCGUGUUAUCUGUUCGCAAUGAGCGGGAGUCGAGCAAGCGCGCAAUCUACGAACCGAGUGGAGCGAGACAGAUUUUAUUCGUUCUUUAUGUAUUUUUUUGCCCGUAAACGUAAAUACGAGGUACCUUAGUCUUGUAAUUAAGCUGUACUUGCAUUUUUCUAUUUCAGGAGCCAUAAGAAAGCGUUACGUCAGGUGACUUUUCAUCGUCACUACCCUCUGUUUGCAUCCGCUAGUGAUGACGGGACGGUUAUCGUUUGUCAUGGGAGAAUCUUUAAGUAAGUUGCAUUACUCACGCCAGAAACUAUAAGGGGAAUGGCUACAUCCUUUCGGUGCAAUAUGAUUGGUUAAUGGUUGCCUUGACUACGAUCGACCAAUCACAAAUAUGGCAUGUCCACCAAACGAUCCCAGAAAUCACUGCACCAAAAGCUUGUACCCAUUCUUCCUAGAGUUUCUGAAGUGUUCUGCCAAGGGAGUGUAGGCAAACCCUUCCCACUCCUCCCUAAAUCGAGAGGCUCCCACCCCUAAGGGAAACUGAACUUCUGUACGUUGUGUUAUUCUUUGUAGUGAUUUGAUGCAGAAUCCACUGAUAGUUCCUGUCAAAGUUCUUAAAGGUCACAAGGUCCAGGGAGAAUUAGGUAUGUUGAAUAUUUAUCAAACUUUGGGGCGAUUUCUUUGUAUUCAUCACGGCUUAUUACGGCGGGUGGCAAACAUUGUUAAGUAAAUUGGUUUUGUAUUCUUACGGCUUCCAGACAAAAGAGUGUCCCCUACUGUUUUUUUUUGCUCCGGGCUGCCUAAUCUAACUUGAGUAAGAGUGCUUCAACCAAUAGGAUAUAAAAACACCGAGAAGUUCGUUGAUAAAAUGCAGUGCAGUGAGGGUUUUUCAACCGUCGUUAAUUUAUUUGGAUUCCCCCAGAAACACUCUUUCAAAUGUUAUCAGACCUUACCAACUACUGAUAUUUCCUCACGAUAUCUAGUAGUGAAGUCGUUCGCUGUCUGUUCAUGAAUUAUUUUCGAACUUUAGAAUUGUCUCGCCCCAAGUAAGGUAAUCUGGAUUCCGGAAUACGAAAUCCUGGGUUUUAGACUCCGGAAUUCACCUCUAGGAAUCCAGAAUCCUGCAAACGAUUGUAAUCCGGAAUCCAAGUUCCACUGACUAGGAGUCCGGAAUCCAGUACAUGGAAUCCGGAGUCCACGUUUCGGCGACUUAAGUUACGUCAUUCUUAUUACAGGCGUACUAGAUUGCCAGUUCCAUCCAACUCAGCCCUGGAUCUUCACUGCUGGUGCAGACCAUCUUAUCCGACUUUACACGUGAGAUACCCUGCCCUUCCUGUGGCCGUCUCGACAACAUCACAGGCUGGUCCUGUGCAAGUUGUUGUCCCCAGGUCCUGGGGAUGAGCUAGUGUUCCACGUAGAAUGGUCACCAUUUUUCAACGAAGCGGAUUUUUAAGCUUUUGGCUGUCACGCGUAGGAAGAGUUAACUGCUUUGGUGAAAUCUUGUCAGAUCAGAGAGGACAACCCGAAGCAUUACUCGUGGAGGGUCGCGUCUUCAAGACGUUAUGUGUACGAAUUUCUAAGAAAGAUCUUGCGGGUAAAGUGAUGUUUACCUUAAGAGCCAACAAACUGGACUGGAGAAGGUUCAGCCAUCUUAACGUGGGUUUAUAUUAGCUCCACCCCAUAAACUAAUCAGAGGAGUUAUGAUAUAAGAUCUAGACUAUUGGUACGGGCACGUGAUCCACUCUAUUGACGACGGAGACAUUGUUACCGUUCCAAUAAAUAUGUACAUUUAUUUACAAUGAUCACCGUCCAGGUAUUCUCUAUAUAGGUACCUCUAAAAGUGUUCAUGAAAUUCUUUUGACCUUGUUGAAACUCAAUGUUAUUUUAAAAAAGUUGAAAUGCGUACACUACGGUCACACUUCAAGUUCCCCUCACCUAAAAAACCUUUAAAGACUGCCGAUUUUAACGUUUUAUGGAACAAUGAACUACAGUCAGACCCCGUUACAGUCAACUCACGCCUUGCGGACAACCCGCUAUAACGGACACCCUGAUAAAACGGACA